CUUAACAAUCAGCUGCUUUUGUUUUUUAAUCUCUUAUUGGUUUGUUUAUUGGUUUUAUUUGAUAUUAUGUUGAAGAGCAGCAAUAUAAAUAGUGUCCUCAACGAACUCCCUAAUGACCCAGCAAGGGAUUCCACCGCCCAAUCUUCUCACAAUGGAAAACCAAAACAAGAUGCGGAAACCUGUUGCUCCUCCCAGGACAACGAAGUCAUGGCCAGUCUAGCCGCUUUACAGUUGUCCGCUGGCGUCCUGCAAAUAGCGGAGCCUCCACUAAACCAUGUGCGCACCCAGCUUAGGGAAUUGAUCGGUAGGCAGAACAAAACAUACAUCGAUUUGUCCAAGGAGAAAUAUAAACUGGACUGCAGCGAAGUGGCCAGGCUGAAUGAUAUGAUGAGCGAUGUAAAGCGAUACAAAGAUAAGCUAACAAAAAUCAAGAAGGAAAUGCAGGGCGUCUAUCAGCGCACCAAAGAGUUAAAGAAACGAGCCGCUAACGUGGCGGCCUGCAAGCAGCGUGACUACCAGCGGAAACUCGAGAGGCUACAGCACGAGGAGUCGCUCAUUGGCAGCCAGUAGACGAAGGGGAUCAGUCAACACCUAACCAGGUGUCUCCCGGAAUCUUCAAGCUACCUGUACCACCUCGUUAAAGCGCAUUUACAUUGGGAUUUCCGUUUACAACUAGCCAAUAUUGUAACAGAUAACAGUUGAACAAAAGUUAAACCAUUUGAAUACAUAAUAAUAAUAAUUAUAAUAAUAACUGUAUACGUUAUAAGACCAGGCUAUCGUAUGUCUGCGAUUAGUUGGAAAACAUUACAUUGUAUAUUGUGUAUAGUUAAGUAAGCACUUAAGAGAUUUCACAGAAAAAAAAAGAUAAAUGCGUCCAAUGAGUAAAGGAAGCAAAUUACUACUAUACAUUUAGCUGCAAAUAUUAUUUAUAAAUAUACAAAUAUUUAUGUUU